AUGACAGCCACACAGAAACACAGCCUCUUCACGCCGGAGCCUCACUAUAUCCCUGGAUAUGCUGGCUUCUAUCCUCAGCUGCGAUACCAGGUGGGGAACACCUAUGGGCGCACCACGGCCGAGCUGCUCACAGACCCCCAAGUACGCAAGAGUCCCUGCUCCGUGCUCUCCCCCAUGUCCAGACCCAAAUUCACGGAGGACUUCAGCAGGCCCAAGCCACCCUGGGUUCCCUGCAGGGACCUGAAACAGCCCUACAUUCCACACUACACAGGUCUCAAGCCUUACAAGAACUUCGAGAUCUUGGGCCAGUACCCACCCCAGGAAUCAGAUACCCCAGGGCUGCUGGGGGCCGAGAGCAGAUCCAGGAAGGCGCUGCUGCCCACAGGCGUCAUGCCCUACCCUCCCUACCCACCAUGCCCACCAGGCAGGCAGGGAGACUACAAAGACUUUGGGCACCCAGGCCUGCGGCUGGCAUAUGGAGAGGCAGGUUGGAAGAGCCCCCAGUCCCUCCAUGAGACUCCAGGUCAAUACCAGCUCUAUCACUAUCGAAGGGAUGAGCACCUGCCCCCACCCCAACAAUCAGAGACUCUGGACGUGGAAAGGUACCAGAGGCUGCCCCAGCUGGACCGCCCCAACUUGAUCCAACGUAAUGCUAUUUCAGGUUAUGCGGGCUUCGUGCCCAGGUUUGCCUGGGUGAUGGGGAUGAAUUACCGAGAAGGGGUCACUCAGGCCAUGGACGAAUUUGACAGGAACCAGUUCAUGUUCAGGAACCCUGUCUGUACCCUGGGUGAGAGACUGCCCAAGACUCACUGGCCCAGCAAUACCAUCUACAACAGCCAGGGCCUGAUUCCCUUCUACAUGGGCUUCAUACCAUCCAUGCAAGACAACUACGCAAUGACCUUCGGAAACAGCACGCGAAAGGCCUAUCAGAAGGAAGUGGAGAGGCGGAGACUCACACUAUGA